UCUAGACUCUAGAGUUGGCGUGCAUACUGAGGAGGGAGCACACAAGAGGGGGCAGAGAACAUAUUUGGCUGCAUUUUCACUUGGUAGGCUGCAGUGAGGCCCAGUGGAGUGUGGUCUGUUCUCCCAUCACUUGUGAGGACCAUCCUACGGUACACAACCAACCAUCAUUGUGUGGAUGAUUACUACUCAUCUAAUUCACCUGAAGUUCCCUAUCAUCCCUCCAACAAACUACUCCACACCUUGAAGCACAAUGUAUCACAGCACGGAACAAGCUUCUGUUGAUACCCUGGCAGCAUCUCUACCAUGCAAGACGCCCGUGUCGCUGCUGCAGGAGCUGUGCAUGCGGCGGGGAAUAUCACCCAAGUAUGACUUGCUUCAAAUUGAGGGUGCUGUUCAUGAGCCCACCUUUGUGUACAGAGUUACUGUUGGAGAAUUUAUUGCAAAUGGUUCGGGGCAGAGCAAAAAGAAAGCCAAACACGCAGCUGCCAAGGCUGUGCUUGAUAUUAUCAUACAUGGAGGCUCUCCACCCGCUGCCACCAGCAGCUCCCAGCUCAAUUCUGCGGACUCAACCAUCCCUUCUGCUGUCAGCGCCGGCAGUAGCAACCAUGCUGACUUAUCAAACCUAGUGGUGUCUCCGUACGAUGAUGGCAUCCCGGGCAACCCUGUGGGGCAGCUUCAGGAGCUUUGCAUGACACGCCGCUGGCCGCCCCCAACCUACGAACUCAUCGCCGAGGAGGGCUUCCCACACGAGCGCACCUUCUCCAUCGCCUGCACCAUUGCCACGUACAAAGAGAUCGGUGGAGGGAAGAGUAAGAAGCUAGCGAAGCGACAGGCGGCGUUCUGCAUGCUGCAGAAACUCCAAGACAUGCCACAAGAUUACCAGAACAACUCUGCGCUAAACGACGACGAUGAUGACCUGGCCCAGAAGCUGGCACUUCGCUACUCCAACCUCAAAGACACGAAGGUGAAGUCCCUCACUAACGCUGACUCCCGGAAAGUCAGCCAGUUCCACAAGUCAUUGAAGCAGAAGGGUGGCCAGAAUCUCAAGGAUCUUCAGGUGACGAGCUUGAGCAUGAGUGGUGUGGACUUCGUGCAAAUGCUUCAGAAUAUCUCAGAGGAAGUCGGCCUGGUGGUUACCUACGUUGGUGUGGAGGAGCGCAGCUUCUCUGGCGAAUAUCAAUGUCUGCUGCAGUUGUCGACCUUGCCGGUGGUUGUUUGCUUUGGAACGGGCGCUACUCCAGAAGACGCUGAAUCUUCAGCUGCUCAUAACGCCCUUGAAUACCUCAAAAUUAUGACUAAAUCCAGGGAUUAAUUUGCUCUUAUCUCCCUAACGUUUCCAGAUAUAUUUCUAAUCUUGCUGCCAAGUCGUCAGUGAUUGCGGUUCAGUUCUUCCAAGAUGAGGUUACGUACUAAUACUACAAAAUUUAUACUGUUUUCGGGUAUUGACGGCAGUUGCACUUAGUGUCUAGCUAUAGAGGUGGCGUUGAAACAUGUAAUGUGAUGGCGUAAUGCAAGAAAGGGCGUUGCUCAUCUGGAUGUAUAAUUCUGAGGAAAGUGUAUUAUGAAAGUUGCUGCUUCGGUGAUGUAAUGUAUUAGAAUGGCCAAAAUUUAGGUGCUCGUUUCAUCUUUCGUCAAAAGAGUUUACCUGUUUUUAAUAAAUACACUGCAAUAGUGUUUGUAUUCUGCAAGUCCAGCAACUUGGGUAGUACCUUCCUGGUGUAUUAUUAUACAAGAUGAAGACUUAUAGUCUUUAUUGAUGUCUUACUCAAGAGUGAGUUCGUUGCUUGGAUAGGCGACGCGAAGCCCCGAAUUUUUGUGCGUGGUGGCAACUGUUCGCAUUGCCACCCGGUAGCAAAUAUUCUAGUUUCCUUGCUCGUGAAGCUUCACAGGAAAUGACUUCCAUUCUUAGUAUGAGGUGCACGGCAUUGAUGGAAUGAUGGGUGGAGCGGAUUUAGGGAGGGGUGGGAGCUCACUGCCCCACCGUCUCACUUUAUCCGACCGACGCUCCUGUGGUUCGUGCUCGUGCUUGCUUCAAUUUUUAUUAUAGAAUUUCUGGCUCGAAGGCUCUGUACCCUUUGAAUAUUUUGUUUGACUGUAGUGUGCAACUUUUUUUUCUGAAUUUCACAGUUCAGGCUUCCGAAUGUCAAGUCAAUUCACUUUCAAACGUUGUAUUUUUGCUAAUGUUUACAAAAAUGUGGUGCGUUAGUUUCCUGGGCUUGUUAUUUGCAUUUGUGAUCCGACGUGGGAAUCGGUUCGUUUCCCGAUUCUGGACAAAGCAUGCGUCCAAUUCUAAUUAUGCUGGUGCGGAUUCUUGUGACCGUGCAAUCAAUAUUUUAUCCUCUUAAAGUCUGAUGUAUAAUUCGGAUAAUUAUUAUUUUUUGAUCGCAGAAUAUUAUUUCUAUUUUAAAAUGAGAAAGGUCGGGAAAAUAGCGAUAUUUUAUGAAUUUCUGUGUUAUGAUAGUUAUUCUUUUGUCUAUUGCAGCGAACUUUGGAACAGAAUUGACAUGUGUAAUGAAGCAGUGAAACCGAGAUGGAGGAAGAUAACUCAGUUCUCAAGCUAGUGGCUUGCGGCAGUCCUUACCUUUAGCGUUGCACGCGUAGCUAUUGUCUAAUAUAUUCGCGUAUCUCCCACUAAUAUUUAAUACUUAGUGUAUGGUUAGGACAUAAGAUAAUUCACUACAGUCGUAAUUGUGGAGCAUGUGUCGGUCGACUGCUUGAGAAUUUAGUUCAAUUCUUCCUUAACUGCGGUGUUAGAUUUAGUUUCAACCUGAAAUAUUUGUUUACGUCGGAAGACGUAGGUUAUUUGAUCCUGGCUGAAAUUUUGAAGCUCGAUUCGCAAUAUCCUGAAAUUUUAGACAUGUGUUUUUUAAGCUGUAAAGUUGCUAUUAGCAUACAUGCAACCUCAAAUGCAAUUCGACGGUACUCUGUAACGCGGGUAACUCACAUACUUUACUCUCUGGUCUAUUAACCUGUUCACAUUUCGUAUCGUAGCUGCGCACUUCUAACGUCGCUCAUCUCAAAUCCGAUAAUAUAAUCAGUAUGCAUGUCACCACUUUCUGCGUAUUAUCAGUUACAAUGCAGUGGUUAUCAGGCGGUUGCAUUGAGGUUCGCACGCUCGUUAGAUGAGCUUACCUGCACCACCAUUAUUACGUCGUUAAUGGAAGUGUCGGUAAGAAGCCUAAGAGAUGCUGCGAAAAUUACUGCAACUGGCUGCUGGCUGGUUCAUUAGCUCGGAUUAUCGUUCGCGUUUCGAAUUACUGAUAGACUCGAUAUACAUAUUUGUGCACUACUGUGUUUAUUCAUAUUCUGCACUUGCGCUUAAGCCCGUUCUUUCUGUGCUUUAAACUGUUCAUUUAGUGAUCCUGGGUUCCCAGUACCCAAAAGCGGUUGAUCACUAGUAUAUAAUCGAUAAAUUUAUUCUGAAACAUUGCUAUUUGUUUUUCUGUUAAUCGUCGUGUGAAAUACACUUUUUGUUACAACCCUCGCAGUAAAUUCUGAGAGAAUUAA